AUGUCCUUCAUUGAUGAUUACAUCCGCUUCGCUUGGAUAUAUCUCCUAAAACAGAAAGAAGACGCAAAGAAGGCCAUCAAGGACUACGGUACCAGGAUCGAGAAACAGUAUAGCACAACAAUACUGAGAUUCAGAACGGAUGGCGGAUGUGAAUACAUCAACAAGGACACAACGAACUACUUCGACACACAAGGAAUAGUUCAUGAACAGACUCCCCCAUACACUCCUGAAUCUAAUGGAGUUGCAGAAAGAUUCAACAGGAUGGGAGAAGCAUACGCAACAGCUGUCUACCUCAAAAACAGACUACCUCACAGUACGCUUAAGGGAAAGACCCCCUUUGAAGCCCUAAAAGGAACCAAGCCAAGUAUACAACACCUUCAACUAUUCGGUAAAAAAUGCUACGUACACAUCCCAGAAAACUCUAUGCCAGCAGGAAGCAAACUAGCACCCCGAGCGUAUGAAGGAAUCAUAGUUGGAUACUCAGACAGUAAUAAGAUAUACCGUAUCUGGAUAGCAACACAACAUAGGGUAAUUGAAAGUGGGGACGUCACAUUCCCCCCUCCUGAAUCAGGGGAAGUUUCAGUGGAACUCGACUUCAUCUCCAGCGUGAAACCAGACGCGGCAACUGCACCAUCAGACGAUGGAUACGAAUCAGAAGACAGGUCUGAUCCAGAACCCGAAUCGUCAGCCAUCGAAGAAAACCUGAAGGAAGACGCAAGUAGACUGGGAGCCGGAUUGACGGGGCUCACUCCUGGACAUCACCUUACAGGACCUGAUAAACAAGACACUAAUCAAAAACUACCAGGAGAUUUCCCGGCAUCACCGGAACGAAAGAAAGUCCAACUACCAAAGACGCCAAACAAGGGAAAACAACCUGAGUCAUCAGAUCCACCACCAGCUCCAAGACGAUCAAAUCGUGUCCGCAAGAAAAUGGAUUAUGAGCUUGAUAAGGAAAUAAGAAGGAAGGAAUACAACAACAAGGUAAUACAACAACAGGAGCAACUAAAAGAGUACAUUGAAUCAGUUAGAAAGGACGGUCCACGGGAUGAAGGCGAACAACAGGCUAUGAUUAAAGAAUUCAAAGGCGACCUCAUAAAGGCCAGAAAGGAUCUGGACCUAGAAUACCAAGAUGUAUCCAAUGAACCCGCGAUCUAUCGUAUACGCCUUGUAACCGAACCUUCAACCUAUAAUCAAGCCAUGAACAGCGAUGAUCAACACCUAUGGAAAAAGGCGAUACAGACUGAAAAAGACGCCGUUGAUAAAGCCCAUACCUGGGAUAUUGUCAACCGACCAACCAACCGAGCAGUA